GGACCCGGGUGGCCCAGAGUUGGAGGCCAAAGAGGGAGAGGAAGGCUCACAGGCGGCUCUGGGCGGGCCAGAGCGCAGCCUCCAGGGCCUUAUCCGGUAGGACGGCAAGGGUCACUCUACAAAUUGCUGCUGCUGGGACCUGUCAGGUGGCUGCUGGUGGCUCCCCACCGGAAGUUCCUUCUCCCUCUUUCUCUCUCCCCAGAUUGCUUCCCAGAGGAGACUGCUGCUGAAACUCCAUCACCAGAGUCAGGGGCACCCCUUCAAACAGGAGGCAAGUUCUUGCCUGUGACAGUGUGUUUGCCAGCAUGGCCCCCAAGAAGAAGACUGCCAGAAAGAACAAAGGAGAUAUCCAUGAGAUGACCAUAAUUGUAGAAGAUAACCCCCUAAACAAACUAAAUGCUUUGAAUGGGCUGCUGGAGGGAGGCAAUGGCCUUAGCUGCAUUUCUUCUGAAUUAACAGACACUUCUUAUGGCCCCAACCUCUUGGAAGGUUUAAGUAAAAUGAGGCAAGAGAGUUUCCUGUGCGACUUAGUCAUUGGCACCAAAACCAAAUCCUUUGACGUCCACAAGUCAGUGAUGGCUUCAUGCAGUGAGUACUUUUACAACAUCCUAAAGAAAAACCCAUCUACUCAAAGGGUGGAUCUCAAUGAUAUCUCACCACUGGGCCUGGCCACUGUCAUUGCGUAUGCCUACACCGGAAAGUUGACUCUCUCCUUGUAUACAAUAGGAAGCAUUAUUUCUGCUGCCGUUUAUCUUCAGAUCCAUACCCUUGUAAAGAUGUGCAGUGAUUUUCUGAUACAAGAGAUGAGUGUUGAGAAUUGCAUGUACGUUGUCAACAUUGCUGAAACCUACUCCCUGAAAAAUGCAAAAACAGCAGCCCAAAAAUUUAUCCGGGAUAACUUCCUUGAAUUUUCAGAUUCAGAUCAGUUUGUGAAACUUACAUUUGAACAAAUUAAUGAACUUCUUAUAGAUGACGACUUACAGUUGCCUUCUGAAAUAGUAGCAUUCCAGAUUGCAAUGAAAUGGUUAGAAUUUGACGAAAAGAGAGUUAAGUAUGCUGCAGAUCUUUUGAGCAAUAUUCGCUUUGGUACCAUCUCUGCGCAAGACCUGGUCAGUUAUGUUCAGUCCGUACCAAGAAUGAUGCAAGAUGCUGACUGUCACAAACUCCUUGUAGAUGCUAUGAACUACCACUUACUUCCAUAUCACCAAAACACUUUGCAGUCUAGGCGCACAAGAAUCCGUGGGGGUUGCCAAGUCCUUGUCACUGUUGGGGGACGUCCAGGUCUUACUGAGAAGUCCCUUAGUAGAGAUGUAUUGUAUAGGGACCCUGAAAAUGGAUGGAGCAAGCUUACGGAAAUGCCAGCCAAGAGUUUUAACCAGUGCGUGGCUGUGAUGGAUGGAUUUCUUUAUGUGGCCGGUGGCGAAGACCAGAAUGAUGCAAGAAAUCAGGCCAAGCAUGCAGUCAGCAAUUUCUGCAGGUACGAUCCCCGCUUCAACACCUGGAUACACCUGGCCAGCAUGAACCAGAAGCGCACGCACUUCAGCCUGAGCGUGUUCAACGGGCUCCUCUACGCGGUGGGCGGCCGCAAUCCGGAAGGCAGCCUGGCCUCGCUGGAGUGCUACGUGCCGGCCACCAAUCAGUGGCAGCCGAAGGCGCCCCUGGAGGUGGCCCGCUGCUGCCACGCCAGCGCGGUCGCCGAUGGCCGCGUGCUGGUGACCGGCGGGUACGUGGGCGCCGCGUACUCGCGCUCGGUGUGCGCGUACGAGCCGGCCCGCGACGCGUGGCAGGAGCUGCCGGCGCUGAGCACGCCCCGCGGCUGGCACUGCGCGCUCACGCUGGGCGGCAGGGUGUAUGUGAUGGGGGGCAGCCAGGUGGGGCCCCGCGGGGAGCGCGUGGACGUGCUCACGGUGGAGUGCUACAGCCCGGCUACCGGCCAGUGGAGCCUCGCGGCGCCGCUGCUGGUGGGCGUGAGCACGGCGGGCGCCUCGGCGCUGCACGGCCGCGCCUACCUGGUCGGCGGCUGGAACGAGGCCGAGAAGAAGUACAAGAAGUGCAUCCAGUGCUUCAGCCCGGAGCUCAACGAGUGGGCGGAGGACGACGAGCUGCCCGACGCCACCGUGGGCGUGUCCUGCUGCGCCCUCUCGAUGCCCAACAGCGUGACGCGGGAGUCCCGAGCCAGCUCGGUGUCCUCCGUGCCCGUCAGCAUCUGAACCCAGGUAGACGCGGGGCCGCAGGAGGCGCAAACACGUAUUCGUGCUUAACCGCUGAGGGAGCGAAAAGGAGAAUAUAUAGCAUUUACUACAAUGAGGGUAUUUCACAGUAUAUCGAGGCAUGUGUCUUGAUGGUUUAAAUUCCUGGCAUGGCAAAACCUACCGGGGUCAGGUUUUUGUUUUGUUUCGUUUUGUUUCGUUUUGUUUUGUUUUGUUUUUUAAAUACAGGGCCAUUAGCAACAAAGAAAAGAAACAAUUUAUCCCAGCGACCACUGGGCGGCAGGCAGAACCCGUUGGAGGCGCUCUCCCACUGUGGCACGUUUCUUUCAGAUGGAGUCGACACCCACAUUUGCGAUUUUUUUUUUUUUUACACUUUAGUACUUGUGAAGCUUAUGUGAGUAAGCGAUUUCACAUACAAAAGUAUAUUUUUCCUCUUUUUUCCUUAGGAAGUUGAAAAUAUGCAUUUGUUUUAAAGUGGAAAUCCACCUAUAUCCAUAAAGACUUGAGAUUUUAAGUCUGUAUUUAAGUAGUUUCUUUUCCUACACAGGACUGAGUAAAGAAUUUCCAAUGACAAAGUCAUAAAGCUUAGCACAAAGUCUGCCUGGAAAGUAACGGGGAUUCCACGCCGGGACUGUGCCGUGAUCCCUUCCGUUCAUCUGCGACUCCCUUCCUCCUCCAGCCUCUGGCCCCCGUGCAUUUCCCGUCAUAAAAUCCUGCUCUCAGAGAAGGAACUAAUAUCAGUAAUUCAGUUUAUGGUGUAGGUUCGAACCAUUUUGUCGUUUCUCCUAGGUGUAUUUACACUUUGAUCCUUGUCCCCGGAAAAGGAAUUCCAAGGAUCGUGGCAACCUUCCUCGACCCUAAAAACUACACCAAAAUGGUCAAAAGCAACCUUGGCCCUAAUGUAAGCCCCAGGAGGAGUACAAAAUAUAGCUAUGUCCAUAACAAUCGUUAACUUCAGGCUUAUACAGCCUGAAGGUUGUACAACCAAUAACAAUAAUUUGAUUUCUUCCACUCUUUUGUAUGGAUGAGAGUCAAGGAAACAUUUGGAACUCUUGGAUUUAUCAAUAAAUAACAAGAUGAAUGGGUUCGCAUGUUGGUAAAUGCCAUUGUUUCCCAUUCCACAGCAAUCCUCCUGAUUUCUUAGUUUAAAAUGUAACACAUUCAUUUUACGUGGAAAUAUUAAAAUAUGCCCAUUCUGUUAUAUAUUUGUAACCUUGUCAGCUCCAAAUUAGCUUUGUAAAUUAAAGUGUAUUCACUUGCUUUAUUUUUUUUAUAUGUUUGCCAAGUUUUAGAGCAAAGGAAUGAUUGUAGUAAAUGGUACAUAUUUUCCUUUCUUAUAAUUUAUCACUUUAUUCUUUGAUAAUUUGUUUUGGAGAGAAAGUGGCCUAUCGUUUUUGGGUUACGUGCAAUUGGAUUUUGAAAAAUAAAUUAUUUAAAUAGCUAAACAUGAGCUCUAUGUAAAUAAAACUGGGUUUUCAUUAAUCCCAUCCUCUUCCCCCUUGGUUUGAUAGAUUAUUGCUAGAUUACAAGAUUUAUAUUUAAAAUAUUUUCUUCCAACUGUGAAAAGUGGUUUAUAUAGUACACUUUGUGGAACAAUUUUAUAUCAUUGCCCCUUAUGAAAAGUUUAAUCUCUGCGUGUUUAAUGAUAACACUUGGGUGAAGGCUAAGACACUGUCAGUUAAGAACAAGACCUUAUCAAUAGAAAAACACUGGGCUGUUUCCUGACCCUACACAAAGCAUGAGGAGCUUCUCCCGGUACAGAGCAGACCUAAAAGGCUUCCUAUCCCUUGGCACCUUAUUGCCCAGCUGGAAAAUAAUGCUGUGGGAGAAACCAGGCUAUGGAGUAAGUUAAAUCAUUAAGCUCUUAAGUUACCAAUGUGCAGUCUAUAGAUAACCUUUUGUCCUUGCAGCAUCAGUGGUAAAAUAAAAGUUUCAUUUUUAAGAAAUUUGGCCACAACUUAAAAAGCCCAUGUGAAGGUGACUGUAUCAUCUUUUAAUUUGGUAUAACUAUAUAUUCUCAUACAACUGAGACACCUAUAGUAUACUGUUAAUUUUGAGAGAAAAAAGUGAUUUAUUAUGGAUUAUAGAUCAUAGGUGGGCAAAUAGACAUAAUUCCUUGAUGCAUGCUAAUAGAUGUGUCUCCUGUUGAGCUCCUAGAUGUAUUGUGAAGUGGAGGAUCUAAAGCUUGGACUGAAACAAGGAUCAAUUAUUUGUAACAUUUUAUUAUAGAAGAAUGAGGAGAGAUACUGAAACUGGAGGGUUUUUCAUCUUUCAGAAGUUGAUUAGAUAGGUUGUGCUAAAACUUGGCAGUGGCUUUCUGGAGAUGAAAUGGAGAUGUGUUAGAGCUGGAUAAAUCAUUUGAGAUUACCAUUUAAUGUAUUUCUACAUUGUUUAUCUGAAGACUCAGAAAAUAGACGUAUCUGGGCUUAUCAGGUUCCUGGGUGCACUGCUGUUCUCUCAUGCUUCAGCAGUUAGGUCAAUAAAUAAACACCAGUAAUGAAUUUGGAAUACCAGAAUUUCUAACAUAACAAGCUUGUAGGGAGCACGGAACAUUGGGGUUGGUGACAGUGUUACAUCCUGGACCAUCCUGCCCUGACAAUUGAGAGACGCAAAAGUAUACAGAAUCAAAAUAAUGUGUGUCGCCUUUCAUGUAAGUGAAACAUGCUCUUUAACCCAACCAUUGAAGCAGUUGCUCUGUGUUUCCCAACUGGAAAAUUAUUUUUAUUGUGUUUUAAGGUUACAUUCAGUUACGCUCCCAAGUUCUAGGCUCCAACUCUGUACCUCCUUUUAUUUUUCUGAAGGAAAAGGACUUACUAUUUUUGUAAUGCCAGAGUCCGAUGAUUCAAUAAAAGCAUCAGUUCAGUGUAUCAGAGAAAUAGCCUGUUACCCAGUAGCUGAAAUAAUAAAACUCAAGCUCUCUUGCUGAAUGGGCCAGAGACCUCAUGAGAAAGUCUCCAGGAAGUAAGACUUUAAUGUAGUCAGUCCAUUAGUUAGGCUUUUGGUGCCCAGUUGUAAUCCCUGAUACACUAGUCACCUUCAAGGCACUGAAUGAGUUUUAUUGUUACUUCCUAUGUUGUAAGAAUGGUUAUGAAUAGAUUCAUAUAAUUCUAAGCAAUGAUUAGAUGGUAGUGAGUGAUAAGAGUGAAGAUGUGUAAUUGCAGUAAUAAGGAAGUGAGAAUGUCCUGCAUGGUUCUAUGACUGAAGGCAGAGCAGCAAUUAUAGUAAGUGUAUUUUACAAACACGCAUGUAACUAAAGGUUUACCUGAAAAUAUAUGUGUUGAAAGGCCAAUUUUUUCCUGGUUAUCCUGGCCAAAGAUCUUCAGGUUACUGGAUAAAAGGAACUAAAAUCACUUCAUUUUGUUAAUUUUCCUUGAGUUACCAAGAAAUGAAUUUACAUAAUCUUCACUAAAUGAUUUUUCUGCAUUCUUUUCUGAAUCAGUCUUCUCUGAAUAAGCUAGAUUCCCCACCCCAGUCACUGAUGAAUAUGUUCUCUAGCACAAGGCAGCACUGCAAGGAAUUAUUUUUCAGUAUUUCUUUUCAUACCAAUAAAAACUAGAGCAUAGUUUCCUAAACACUCCUCAAUAGUAUUUAUGAGAAUGGAAGAUUCUAAAAUGUUAAAGAUUUACCCACCAGCACAUUCAGAAGGUAAAGCCCAUUUAAAUUUCCUUCUCAGGGAAUUUGAAGUAAAAUGUUUGUCUUGAAUACCCCUAAUAACCUUCUAUUUAUUCAGCAAAUUUCAGGGAAAAUUUUUAAUUAAAUCAUUCUGGUACUAUUUAUGGAACAACAAACUAAAAUGUAUGUAGUGUUUGUAACUGAAUCACUAUCAAUAAAGCUGCAUUCAAAAGAGCUUAGUCAAUGAUCAAAUGUG